GUUGAUUAUGCAUUUCAACAGAUGUUGCACAGCCCAACACAGUUUGACAAUGUGCUGGAGGCAGCCCACCACUUGCCUGUGCUGCUUUGGAAUGUGGGAGGGAACCCACGUGAUCACAGGGAGAACAUAUGAACUCUUCAGACAGCAACGGGAAUUAAACCCAGUUCAUUGACACCUUAAGCUGCAACGUUGCCAUCCCAGUGGAAAACAGGACUGGCCAUGCAUCACCCACUUAACCUGCAGCAGGCAUCAACAUUACUGAUGCCACACUGGCACCACAGGUAGAGCCACUGCCUGGUAGCUCCAGAGACCUGGGUUCAAUCCUGGCCUCGGGUGCUGUCUGAGUGGAGGCUGCACAUUCUCCUCGUGACUCUGUGGGUUUCUUCCCGGGGGCGUCAGUUUCCUACUAUAUGUGGUAGGUUAAAUGCCCACAAAGUGAUAGAAUUGGGAGCUAGCUGGCACAGUCGCAGCGUAUUACAGCACCAGCGACCCGGGUUAGAUUCUGCUGCUGUUUGUAUGUUCUCCCUUAUCCACAUGGAUUUUCUCCAGGUGUCCCAGUUUCCUCCCAAGUUCCAAAGACGUACAAGUUAAUCACAUGGGUGUAAUCAUGUCAGUACGGCCUGUUACUGUGCUGCAUCUCUAAAUAAAUGUGGAGGGGGAAUAAAAUAGAAAUAGCAUUACUGGGUGGUUGGUGUGGACUAAGUGUUACUGAUCUGUACCACCUUCCCUUGGUAAAGAAGGGGACUCGUGUUCCUGAAGUGCAAACCAGAGGAGAUGGAAGAACCCUCACAGUCACAGGGAAAUGUGCAAACUUCACACUGACAGUUCUGGAGGUCAGGAUUGAACCAGAAUCUGUGCUCGCUCUACCACCAGACAGAGGUUAUGGACACACCACCCCACUCUCCAAUGGGGGGAAGGCUUUCUCCAUCAUCUUCAUCUUGGUGGGGGUCCCACUGACGAUGCUGUUCCUGACGGCGCUGGUACAGCGGCUGAUGCUCUACCUGACCACUCAGCCCAUCCGCCUCUGCCAGGAGAGGUUCAGCUACACCAGACAGCAGAUUACCUGGAUCCACCUCUUUGUGCUGACACUGAUGGUCCUCAUCACCUUCUUCAUCAUCCCCUCGGCCAUCUUCAGCGCCAUUGAGGCAGAGUGGAGCUUUUCUGAUGCCUUCUAUUUCUGCUUCAUCUCACUCAGCACCAUCGGCCUGGGUGACUUCGUCCCAGCAGAACAGAGUAACCAACGCCUGCGGCCUCUCUACAAGUUCUCUGUCACCUUCUUCCUCCUCUGUGGCCUGGUCACGAUGCUGUUUGUCCUGAACACAGUCCACGCCGCAGUAGGCCUCCACGGCUUGACCCAGAUUUUCUACCUGCCCCCGGCCGAAGACGAGGAGGACGAGACCGAAGGGACCAUCCUGCAGCCGCAGAGCCCGGCCGAGCACCCUUCCUACAAGUCCAUUUUACCCUCCGAGAACCGGUGAUAGUGGGAGAGGCAGAGAUUCCAGGACAUCCUCCGGAACAUCUACCUCAGCUGUGACUUGUGAAUCAGGAGGUCCCACACUAACUCCAGGCUGCCCAGCACUAUAAAAUUGAAACAAGACAGACAAAAUUUACAAGGAUGUUGCUGAGAUUUGAGGCCCUGGGUUACAAGGAAAGGUUGAAUAGUUUAGGACUUUAUUCCCUGGAGUGUCAGAUAAUGAAGGGAGAUUUCAAAAUGAGAAUCAGGUUGGUUAGCACUGACACAUGCUGUGAAAUUUGUUUUGUGGCAGCAGUACAGUGCAAUAAAUAACACAUACUAUAAAUCAUAAUAAAUAUCAGUAAAAAUAAAUAAGUAGUACAAAUAGCAAAAAAAUAGCGAGGUGGUGUUCAUGGGUUCACUGUGCAUUCAGAAAUCUGAUGGCAGAGGGUAAGAAGCUGUUCCUAAAACAUUGAGUGUGUUCCUCCUCUCUGAUGGUAGCAAUGAGAAGAGGGCAUGUCCUUGAUGGUGGGGGGCCUUAAUGAUGUAUACUGCCAUUUUGAGGCAUCGCCUUUUAAAGAUGCCCUCAAUGGUGGGGAAAUUUGAUAGAGGUAUAUAAAAUUAUGUGAGGCAUAUUGUAGACUGGCUAAAUGUAAGCAGGCUUUUCCUCUGAGGCUGAGUAAGACUAGAACUAGAGGUCAUGGGUUAAGGGUUAAAAUGAAACGUUUAAGGGGUCCCCAGGGCGAGGAACUUCUGAAAGUGUGGAAUAAGUUGUUAGCAGAAGUGGAGGAUGCAGGUUCGAUUGCAAUGUCUAAGAGAAGUUUGGAUAAGUACAUGGUUGAGAGGGGUAUGGAUGGCGAUGGUCUGGUUUGAGGUCAAUGGGACUAGGCAGCGUAAUAGUUUGGCAUACACUGAAUGGGCCGAAGUGCCUGUUUUUGUGUCGUAGUACUCCUUAAACAGGAACACAAGCCCAGAAAUCCUGAGUCAUGCUCCCAGUGCAGAACUGAGAGAGCAUAUCAUGCCCUGGUGAAUGAUCAACGUACCUUUAAGACAAUCACAAACAAGAGGUGCUGGAAGUCCAAGUGAUAUGUACAAAAUGCUGGAGGAACUCAGCAGGCCAAGCAGCAUCUAUGGAAAAGAAUAAGAGAUGAGAAGAACAACACACACAAAAUGCUGGUGGAACACAGCAGGCCAGGCAGCAUCUAUAGGGAGAAGCGCUGUUGACAUUUCGGGCCGAGACCCUUCGUCAGGACUAACUGAAAGGAAAGGUACUAAGAGAUUUGAAAGUAGUGGGGGGAGAGGGAAAUGCAAAACGAUAGGAGAAGACCGGAGGGGGUGGGGUGAAGCUAAGAGCUGGAAAGGUGAUUGGCGAAAGUGAUACAGAGCUGGAGAAGGGAAAGGAUCAUGGGACGGGAGGCCUCAGGAGAAAGAAAGGGGGAGGGGAGCACCAGAGGGAGAUGGAGAACAACUAAAUAUGUCAGGGAUGGGGUAAGAAGGGGAGGAGGGGCAUUAACAGAAGUUAGAGAAGUCAAUGUUCAUUGACUUGAGAGAUGAGAAGUCUUUUUUCCAGUCCUGAUGAAGGGUCUUGGCCUGAAAUGUCGACUGUUAACUCUUUUCUAAAGAUGCUGCCUUGCCUGCUGAGCUCCUUUAAGAGAAGGUCACUUAAUAACUUCUCUUGUAUUGAAUGGGAUUUUGCUCUGCACAAAUCAGGUGCCUUAUGUCCUGUUUCAACAGUGAUCACUUCAAAACAUAUUUUAUUGGUUGUAAAAAAAUAAGUAAAACAAUUUUUGUAUCAUGAAGUGUAACGUAGAGACAUAGUAGCAUAGCAGUGAGUGUAAUCACUUGACAACGCUCACGAUCACCGAUUGUGAUUCAGUUCCUGUCACCAUCUGUAAGAAGUUUGUAUGUUUUUCCUGUGGCUGCCUGGGUGUCCUCUGGGUGCUCCAGUAUCCUCCUCAUUCCAAAGAUGCUUGGUGCAUUGUGGGUGUGCUAUGUUCCAGUUGAAAGUGUGGGGCUCCCCCAGCAUAGUCCUCAGACAAUGUCACAUAACAGCGCAUUCACUGUCCAUUUUGACAUAGUGCGGUCACUCGACUCACGUCCGAUGUUCUCCUAAGGUGCUGAGUGAAUCCUGUUACUGGAGAAAGUCUGCGCGUGACUUUGUUUAACAUGGGCAGGCUGAUGGGUGGGCAACCUCCGCACAGUCUUUGACAGAUCGGAGUCAGGUUCCAGUAACGUGGAAUACAAGACGACCACUGCUGUAGACUUCCUCCAUUUUCACUGCCACUGUGAUAUGUCAUCAUCUUCGGCCAGCUCCACCGUGGUACUUCGUCCGGAUUCUCCUCCUCGACCUUACUGCCAUGGGGGACUCCACCAGGAACGGAGAGCCAGGUAUUUUAACUCCAGCGGGCCUCGCUCUCAGCGCUCAGGAACUCACCAGCCUCAUCACGACCUCUAAGAAGGUUUUGAUGGAGAUGUGACAAAUGGGGGAAAGAAAGCUAACUUUGGGGGAACUAGAAAUUCUAAAGGACCGUUUCACUGAAGGAGCCCAGAUACUGUUUUGUUUAAAAUUUAUCUUCCCAGUGCCGGAGCAACCUCGUGCUGUGAGUAACAAGUUAUUUUCGGCAGCUGACUCUACCAACUGAUGUCAUUUGCACCUCUCCAGUGUCUUGGUGUCAAGUAUUGUUAAACAAGGUUGCUCUGCAUGACUUUUACCACCAUUUCACAGAGGAAAGUUCUGAGCUGGCCUGUCUUGGGGUCGAGGGGCCUGUCUGUGUGUAAUUGGGGGAUUCAGAGACGUGUGUGUGUGUGUGUGUGUGAGAUUGGGUGGGUGCUGGGAGGGAGUAAAGGUUGUUGUUCUCACUCUGUUCUGUUGAAUAGGGUGUCGGGUAGUGCAGCAGUUAGUGCAACCCUGUUACAACUCCGGAAAUUGUCACCGUUCUGUGAGGAGCUUCUGACCGUCCUUCCCAUGGAAGGUGUGGGUUUUCCCCAGGCGCUCUGCUUUUCUCCCACAAACCAAAAACAUACCAGGCAGGCGAAUGGGAUUGUAAACCGUUCCGUGAUUGGGUCUGUGGGCUUGUUGGGGCCGUGACUCAAAGGUCCGGAAGGCCAACUGCGCCCUAUAUUGCCAAGCAAAAUUAAUAAAAAUAAAGAUGGUGAGUAUGAUAUGUCUGUGGGCUGCCCCCAGCACAUCCUUGCAUUGUGUUGGUUGUUAAAGCAAACGACACAUUUUGCUGUGCGAUGAAUAACAAUCGGAAUCUGUUUCUGAGACCCGGUGUUCCCUGGUGCAGCCUCUGGAUGUCCCAGGCUCUCUGCAGUCGGUGCUGUCCUCCAACAAUGCUGGCGAUUUGCACAGCAAGAUCUCACAAACAGAAAUGUAGUAAUAGCUGUGUUCAAGUUCAAGUUGAAUUGUCAGUCAGCCAGACAUGAGUACAGCCAAACAAAACAGGGCCAGAGUGUACCAACAGUCAUACAUAGCACAGGACACACAUGGCGAAUAUACUAUCAGACAGCAGUAAAAUACAGUCACAAAAAAUAUUGUCCAAAUCCCUGGGUUCUGCAGCAGCAGUCUGCAGUUGAAUACAAUACAAUCACCUUCUGCUGCUGGAGGGCAGUGCUGACUCUAACGGAGCCUCUCUCUCGCAGGCAGCUGCAAACAGGUGACGCCAUGGUCCGAGGCCAGGUCUUCACUACAACUGAGGCUCCCGUGCUGUCUGCAUCGUUGCACAUUACCACUGUCAAACAGGGUCUUGCAAUCACAAGAAAAGGGACUCACUGUUAGACUGCAUGUCACCUUUGCGCACACCGAUGUCUCUCUGAUACAGGCAGCGGUGCCACCCACUUCAAGUUCACCUCCUUCGGUUUCUCCACCAACAAGCUGAUGUGGCUGCUGAUUGAGAGGUAAUCAAUGACCUGAGAGAACCGAUCUGCACAUCACUAGGGCACAGGUAGUACCUUGGAGUAGCUUCUAAAGCAGAGGAAUGUGGGUCUCGGGGGUUUCUGAUGAGGGAAAGCUUCAGCUGGGACUCCCCUUGUCCAUUCGUCCCUUUGUGAUUCAACCCUGCCUGUUGAAUGGAUUCUGCAGACGCUGAAAAUCCAGAACAAUAUACACAAAUUGUGGAGGAACUCAUCAGAUCAGGCAGCAUCAAUGGAGAGGGCUAAACAGGUGGCAUAUUGAGCUGAGCCCCUUCAUCGUGACCGUAAAGGAAGGGGGAAGAAGAUGGGGGAAGGGAAGGUGUUCCAGCCGACAGGUGAUAGCUGAGGGGGGGGGGGGAAGAUGGGUGGGUGUGGUUGUGGUGUUGAAGUAACAAGCUGGCAGGGUAUAGGUGGAAUAGGGAGAGGGCUGAAGAAGGAAAAAUCUGAAAGGAGAGGAUAGAGGGCCAUGGAAGAAAGGAGAUGAGGCAACCAGAGAGGUGAGGGGAAGAGAGGAGAAUGGGGAAUGGAAAAAGAGAGACAGUGAAUUAUUGUCACACAUACUUAGAAAAUAUCCUGUUUGCCUGCCAUCCAGGAGGAUAAUUUCAGACUUCUGUACAUCAAGAGAAAAAAAAGAAAAAUACCCACAGAUUACGGAAUAUAGUGUUUCCGAGAAAACAGAGUGCGGGGUGAGAAAGCACAGGACAGCACAUCCUUGGACUGUGUUGGUCGUUGAGACAAAUGACAUUCCACUGUACGUUCAGAUGUACUGUACGAUUACUGACAGAAGCUAAUCUCUACGUUUUCAUGUGUGCUGCAGUGAGCUUGCCUCCACAGGCCUUGUACCACUUGCUAUGUCAGGUUGACCACCCUGCCCCUGUGCUAGUGAGGGGGACUGGGCAGUACCGGUGACAAGCAAUGUCUGCUGGAUCUGCUCUCUUGAUGCCAGGUAACUGUCUGAUGAGAAAGUGGCUGUUCCUGGACUUGGUGUGAGUCCAAAGUAAAUGUAUUAUCAAAGUACAUAGACAAUGCACACAAAAUCUUGGAGGAACUCAGUAGGCCAGGCAGUAUCUGUGGAAAAGAGUCAACAGUCAAAUUUUUGGGCAGAGACAUCGACUGUUUACUCUUUUCCAAAGAUGUUGCCUGUCCUGCUGAGUUCCUCCAACACUUUGUAGGUGAUGGGUGAAACUGGGAGAGGGGGAAGAGUGAAGUAAAUAGCUGGGAAGUUGAUUGGUGAAAGAGAUAACGGGCUGGAGGAAUCUGAUAGGAGAGAACAGAAGAUCCUGGAAGAAAGGGAAGCGGGAGGAGCACCUGAGGCACAUCAAAGUGCGUAGAGUAUAUGUCACCAAAAUCUACCUCGAGAUUCAUCUUCUUGCGGGCAUUUACAGGACAGUAAAGACUGCAGAUAAUGAGACCCAAACAACCAAAGUGCAAAUAAAGACAAACAGUGCAAAUAAUUAAAAAUAAAUAAAUGAUACUGAGAACCUGAGUUGUGCAUUCCUUAAAAGUGGGUCCAUAGGUUGUGGAAUCAGUUCAGUGUUGUGAAGUUAUCCAUGCUGGUUCAGAAGCCUGAUGGUUGAAGUUUGAUAACUGUUGGUGGGCUCCUCAGGUUUCUGUACCUCCUGUCUGAUGGAAUGUCAUUGUUGUGGUCAGACACUCCUGUAACCUGUUCCAGAGUGACACAUGUGGCCUACAAAACGUCCUUUAUGUGUCAGGCCUGCCGUUCUUUCAGGCCCUUUACCGCAGGUUUUAUCUUUCUGUAUGUUAGAAGGUCAAACGUAGUCAAGGAGCAACUUUAUUCACCAUAAACAUUUACAAGUAUUAAGAAUUUGUCGUGGUGUGUUGGCGCAACAAUUAUAAAAAGUAAAAUCAGAUGUUACGGUAUGGAAAUGGAAUAAAAUGUACUUUUUUACAAUGUAAGCUGCAUUGUAAAUGUGGUUUUAAAUGUUUGCAGUGCAGUGACUGGGGUAAUAGACAGAGAGGUUGGCUAACCAGAAUGUUUGAUCUCAUUCUCCGCCUGGGAGAAGAAACUUUUAAGACGGCGUGAAGUUUUAUUUUAAUAGACCUACAGUGCUUUUCAGAAGGGAUCUCUUUGAAGAGAGAGUCUGCAGGGUGGGUGGUGUCGGCAAUGAUACUCAAUAGUUCAGGUGUGAUUUAAUCAAGGCAUUAUGUAAUUAUGUUAAUAUGGUAUUAGCGUUUUAUAUAAAGCCUCCUGGAAUAAAUACGAACCUUAUCCUUUUA